AAUUUAAACCAACUCUCACCCUAUUGUAAUAACAAUGCACUUGCGCGCAUUGGUCACCCGGUCAGGGCCACUUCCUAAAUCUCCAUGAGAAAAAAAAAGUCCCCCCCGUGAAAGCGUCCCGGAGGGGGAACACAGCAGGUUUAUGGUAAUAAGCUUGAGGAGGAGGAGGAGGAGGAGAGCCACGGAGCCAUUUUGUACUCAUUUUAAACUCAGUGUGGGUUAACGCAGCCGCUGCGCGCCGUGGAUACACUGAUACUAUGGAUAACGAGCGUCUUUUUCCGCGUUAAAACUUCACAAUGAGGGAUAAAAGUAAGACGCGGUGUUGGGAGAGGGAGAGUUAAUGCUUUUGCGGAGGAGUUUCGGUGAAGGUGAAUGGGAUUUGGAAGGUUUAAAAGCAUGGAGUUACCGAUGUAUUGGAUUUGGGUUUGUGUCUUGUUCAACGUGCCGCUUAUUGUGGGAUGUUUGGAGCUACACCUUUCGGAGACUUUACAGCCCGGGACGCAUUUGGCAAACCUGUCGCUUGGCCCAGGGAGGACUUAUAAACUUGACAGGACUUUAUCCCCUAAAUUUAUUCAGAACUUUUUCCAAGUUGGGAGGCACGACGGAGUUAUCCGUCUGUCCCAGAGAGUGAAGUGUGCGCACACACUGAGGAACCCUGCGCCUGUUUAUUUCCGAACAGGUUCCUUGACAUCUGGAGAUGUUAUUCUCACACGUUUUAAUGUGUUCGUUCAUGGCCAGGACUGUUUUAUCAAAUACAAGAGAAAGAAAGCGUCAGGUAAGCCAGACAUUGACAUUAAACACCUUUCAAAUCUGGAAGCAACUUCCUGCUUAUCCGCAGGUAAAUUGCUUUUGAAUGUAACAGAGCUUUUGCCUGCCUUUACGCGGAACAUCGCCCUUUUGGACUCUGUGUGUGUUGGAAAAGGCUUAGUUGCGGUGUUCAAUCAUGGGAAUUUGUUCCUGGUCAAUGACUUAUGUCUUGAGCACAGAGGACAGCCCGAGGUGAAUUUGCACUGCCCGUUGCACAGCUCUCCAGGCGGUCGGCUCUCUGUGCAGCUGAGUUUGACGCUUGCAAAAGUGCCUGAACAACAUGGAUCCUUAUCAGAAACCGUCCAGAGAAAGUCGGGCAAAUUGAUCCGAAGAGGGAAGCGACAAGUAAACACGUCUCCCCAGUUCCAGCUCCCCAACUAUCAGGUGUCCGUGCCCGAAAAUGAGCCUGCGGGUACGCGGGUUAUCACCCUGAAAGCCACUGACCCGGAUGAUGGAGAGGCAGGGAGGCUGGAGUACGGCAUGGAAGCCUUAUUUGACAGCAGGUCCAAUGACUUUUUUACCAUCGAUUCUCAGACAGGGAGCAUAACAACCGUCCAGGCACUAGACAGAGAAGUCAAAGACACCCAUGUUUUUAAAGUCACUGUGACUGACAAUGGCACCCCCAAAAGGUCAGCCACUUCUUACCUCACUGUCACUGUGAGUGACACUAAUGACCAUGGCCCGGUGUUUGAGCAAACUGAAUACCGUGUUAGUAUCCGGGAGAAUGUAGAGGUGGGCUUUGAAGUGAUGACAAUCCGGGCCACUGAUGGAGAUGCUCCCUCCAACGCCAACAUGAUUUAUAAAAUUGUGAAUGGCGAAGGAGUUAACUCUGUAUUUGAAAUCGACCCACGGAAUGGUCUGGUGAGGAUCAGAGAGCGGCCCGACAGGGAGACCCGGGCCCAAUACCAGCUGAUUGUUGAAGCCAAUGACCAGGGCAAAGACCCAGGUCCCCGCAGUGCCACUGCCACUGUCCACAUCUCUGUGGAGGAUGAGAAUGACAACUACCCACAGUUUAGUGAAAAGAGGUAUGUUGUACAGGUCCCAGAAAAUGUGGCAGUCAACACAAAAGUCAUCCAGGUGGAGGCCACAGACAAAGAUGAGGGGAACAAUGCCAAAGUUCACUACAGCAUCAUCAGCGGUAAUGUUAAAGGACAGUUUUACAUUCACUCCCCCACUGGUGUGAUUGAUGUCAUCAAUCCCCUGGACUAUGAGAUGAUUCGGGAGUAUAAUCUGAGAAUUAAAGCUCAGGACGGUGGCAGACCUCCGCUGAUUAAUGGCACAGGUAUGGUGGUGGUGCAAGUGGUGGACGUGAAUGACAAUGCUCCCAUGUUUGUCAGUACACCUUUCCAGGCUACUGUGUUGGAAAAUGUGGCCAUCGGUUACUCCGUGAUCCACAUUCAAGCAAUUGAUGGUGAUUCAGGAGAAAAUGCCCGUCUGGAAUACCGGCUAACUGAUACCACCCCUGGUUUUCCGUUCACCAUCAACAACAGCACAGGCUGGAUUACAGUAAGUGAAGAGCUUGACAGAGAGACCACUGAGUUCUACACCUUUGGCGUGGAGGCGAGGGAUAAUGGGAUACCCGUGAUGUCAUCCUCAGCCAGCGUCAGCAUCACGGUGCUCGAUGUGAAUGACAACGUACCCACAUUUACAGAGAAAAUCUACUCGUUGAAGAUCAAUGAAGAUGCUGUGGUGGGAACCAGUGUGCUGACAGUGACGGCCGUGGAUAGGGAUGUGAACAGUGUGGUGACUUAUCAGAUCUCCAGUGGCAACACCAGGAACCGCUUUGCCAUCACUAGCCAGAGCGGCGGUGGGCUCAUCACUUUAGCCCUCCCCUUAGACUACAAGCAAGAACGCCAAUAUGUCUUGACAGUUACUGCCAGUGAUGGAACGCGUUACGACACUGCUCAGGUGUUCAUCAAUGUGACAGACGCCAACACACAUAGGCCGGUCUUCCAAAGUGCCAACUACCAGGUGAUGCUCAGUGAAGAACGACCUGUGGGCUCCACUGUGGUGGUGAUCAGUGCGACGGAUGAGGACACAGGGGAAAACGCUCGCAUAACAUACGUUAUGGAGGACAAUGUUCCUCAGUUUAAAAUUGACCCAGAUACUGGUGCCAUCACAACACAAAUGGAGAUUGACUAUGAAGACCAGGCGUCCUACACAUUAGCCAUUAUUGCUAGAGACAACGGCAUCCCUCAGAAAUCUGAUACCACCUAUGUAGAGAUUAUCAUCCUUGAUGCUAAUGAUAAUGCUCCCCAGUUCCUCAGGGAUAUGUACCAGGGGACUGUAUUUGAAGAUGCACCUGUCUACACCAGCGUUCUCCAGAUCUCUGCUUCAGACAGAGAUUCUGGCUCAAAUGGCAGGUUGAGCUAUACAUUUCAGGGUGGUGAUGAUGGGGAGGGGGAUUUCUUCAUAGAGCCUUACUCUGGUAUCAUCAGAACUGCUCGCAAACUGGACCGGGAGAAUGUUCCUGUUUACAACCUGAGGGCCUUUGCUGUGGAUAGGGGGGUUCCUCCUCUAAAAGCAGCUGUUCCCAUUCAUAUUGUAGUUCAAGACAUAAAUGACAAUGCUCCAGUGUUUGAGAAGGACGAGCUUUUCAUUGAUGUGGAGGAGAACAGCCCAGUGGGGUCCGUCGUGGCCCGAAUCACUGCCACAGACCCUGAUGAGGGCACUAAUGCUCAGAUUAUGUACCAGAUCGUAGAAGGGAAUAUCCCAGAAGUUUUCCAGCUGGAUAUUUUCAAUGGCGACCUCACUGCACUUACAGACCUGGAUUAUGAGACCAAAACAGAGUAUGUCAUAGUGGUCCAGGCCACCUCAGCACCACUAGUGAGCCGGGCCACUGUGCACAUCCGUCUGGUAGACAUGAACGACAAUGAGCCAGUGCUGCAGAACUUUGAGAUAAUUUUCAACAACUAUGUCACCAACAAGUCCAACAGUUUUCCAUCAGGAAUAAUUGGGAAGGUACCAGCUCAUGACCCUGACGUGUCGGAUAAGCUACGGUUCAAGUUUGAAUCUGGAAAUGAGCUCAGACUGCUGCUGUUGAAUGAGGACACUGGGGAUCUGAGGUUGAGCAGGGACCUGGACAAUGACAGGCCCCUGGAAGCACCAAUGACCAUUUCCGUCUCAGAUGGUAUCCAUCGCAUUGUGGCGCUGUGCACACUGCGUGUCACCAUCAUCACCGAUGACAUGCUGACCAACAGCAUCACGGUGCGCUUGGAGAACAUGUCCCAGGAGCGCUUCCUCUCUCCCCUGCUCAGCCUCUUCUUGGAAGGCGUUGCCGCUGUGCUCUCCACCAAGCGGGAAGCGGUGUUCGUGUUCAACAUCCAAAACGACACAGACGUGCAAGGCUCCAUCCUAAACGUAACCUUUUCAGCAAUGCAGCCCGGUGGCGCCCCGGGCAAAGGGACGUUCUUUCCAUCUGAGGAGCUGCAGGAGCAGAUCUACCUCAACAGGACUCUGCUCAGGCUGAUAUCAUCUCAGGAGGUUUUGCCGUUUGACGACAACAUCUGUCUGCGGGAGCCCUGUGAGAACUACAUGAAGUGUGUGUCAGUGCUGAAGUUCGACAGCUCCCCUCCCUUCAUCGCCUCUGAAACGGUUCUGUUUCGGCCCAUCCACCCCAUCAACGGGCUGCGUUGCCGCUGUCCGGUCGGUUUCACUGGAGACUACUGCGAGACAGAGAUUGAUCUCUGUUACUCGGGACCAUGCAAGAACAACGGGAGGUGCCGCAGCCGAGAGGGAGGGUACACCUGCGAGUGCCUGGAAGACUUCACUGGCGAUCACUGUGAGCUGAAUGCAUCAUCAGGCCGGUGUGUACCUGGUGUGUGUAAGAAUGGCGGCGAGUGUGUCAACAGGCUCGCUGGCGGUUUCAUGUGCCAGUGUCCACCAGGGGAGUACGAGAAGCCCUACUGUGAGAUGACCACCCGCAGCUUCCCUGGACAGUCCUUCAUCACCUUCAGAGGCCUGCGGCAAAGGUUCCACUUCACUGUCUCCUUCACGUUUGCUACCAGAGAAAGGAACGCUCUGCUUCUCUACAACGGCAGAUUCAACGAGAAACACGACUUCAUCGCUCUGGAGAUCAUAGACGAGCAGAUUCAACUCACCUUUUCUGGAGGUGAGACGAAGACCACUGUGUCUCCCUUCCUCCCAGGUGGGGUCAGUGACGGCCAGUGGCACUCUGUCCAGCUCCAUUACUACAACAAGGACGGGGGGAGUCUGGUGGACUCCAGUGGGGCUCUGCGGCUCCCGCUCUAUACUGCCUGGCUGGAGCUCAAUCAGAAAGAGCCUAACAUUGGGCGCCUUGGUACCCCCCAUGGACCCUCUGGAGAAAAGGUGGCUGUGGUUGCCGUGGACGAUUGUGACAUCUCCAUGGCGAUCCGUUUUGGGAAGCAGAUCGGCAACUACUCCUGCGCCGCUCAGGGCACCCAGACCGGACAGAAAAAGUCACUAGAUUUGACAGGACCACUGUUGCUUGGCGGUGUUCCCAACCUGCCCGAGGAUUUCCCCGUCAGGAACAGAGACUUUGUGGGCUGCAUGAGAAACCUGAGCAUCGACAGCAGACCCAUCGACAUGGCCAGUUACAUCGCCAACAACGGCACCACAGCAGGUUGUCCAGCAAAGAAAAACUUUUGCAGCAACGACGUGUGUCAGAACGGAGGAGUGUGUGUCAGCAAGUGGAACACCUACAGCUGCGACUGCCCAACUGGUUACGGUGGAAAGAACUGUGAACAAGUAAUGCCGUCUCCUCAGUUCUUUGAUGGGCAGGCGUUGGUUUCCUGGAGCGAGCCGGAUGUCACCGUUGGUGUUCCCUGGUACAUGGGCCUCAUGUUCCGCACCCGGCAGCCUGCUGGCACCCUGAUGCAGGCCAAUGCCGGUCCCUCUUCCACCAUCAACCUCAUGGUGAGUGAGCAACAGGUCCGUAUGGAGGUAUUGCUGAGACAGCAGCUGGUGGCGUCGCUGGGCUUCCCCCAAGUUCGGGUCAAUGACGGGGAGUGGCACCACCUGCUGGUAGAACUGAGAAGCGUUAAAGACGGCAAAGACAUCAAAUACAUGGCCGCUGUAUCCCUGGACUAUGGCAUGUACAAGAAGUCAGUAGAGAUCGGUAACGACCUCCCGGGUUUGAAGCUGCAAACUUUCCAUGUAGGAGGUUUGCCUGGCAAGGGCAACCAUGUCAACAAAGGAUUUGUUGGCUGCAUACAGGGUGUGCGUAUGGGCGAGACAUCCACCAACGUGGCCAAUGUGAACAUGGCUCAGGGCCUGAAGAUCCGCGUGGAGGAGGGCUGCGACCUGGCCGACCCCUGCGACUCCAACAUCUGCCCUGAGAACAGCCACUGCAGCGACGACUGGAGCACUCACACUUGUGUCUGUGACCCAGGUUAUUUUGGUAAGGAGUGUGUGGACGCUUGUCAGCUCAACCCUUGUGAACACGUUUCCACCUGCGUUCGCAAACCAAGUUCCUCCCAUGGCUACACCUGUGAAUGCGGACAGAACUACUAUGGCCAGUACUGUGAAAACAAAGUUGAGAAGCCGUGUCCUCAGGGUUGGUGGGGCACUCCCAUGUGUGGACCCUGCAACUGUGACACUGGUAGAGGAUUUCAUAAAGACUGCAACAAGACCACUGGAGAGUGCCGCUGCAAGGAAAACCAUUACCGUCCAGAAGGAGAGGACACUUGCUACCCUUGUGAGUGCUUCUCUACUGGCUCUGAGUCUCGAACUUGCGACCCCAUCACCGGGCAGUGCCCCUGCAAGGGAGGAGUCAUAGGUCGUCAGUGUAACCGCUGUGACAACCCCUUCGCUGAAGUUACUGCCAGUGGAUGUGAAGUGGUGUAUGAGGGCUGCCCCAAAGCGUUUGAUGCAGGCAUUUGGUGGCCCAAGACCAAAUUUGGACGCCCCGCUGCCACAAACUGUCCCAAAGGAUCCAUCGGUACUGCCAUCCGUCACUGUAGUGAUGAAAAAGGCUGGUUGUUGCCUGAGCUCUUUAACUGCACCACCGUCACCUUCACCCAUCUGAAGAAACUGAACGAGGACCUGCGCCGCAACGGUUCAAGGAUGGACAGUGAGCGAUCCAAGACCAUCGUGCGUAUGCUUCACAGUGCCACCAACAACACUCCGCAUUACUUUGGCAACGACGUGAAGACGGCCGCCCAGCUUCUUAAUCACGUGCUGCAGUACGAGAGCCGGCAGGCGGGAUUCGACCUCACCGCCAUGAGGGAUGCAGAGUUCAAUGAGAACUUGGUACGAGCGGGCAGCGCCAUUCUGGAUCCUGACACUAAGGAGCACUGGGAGCAGAUCCAGAGGACAGAGGGCGGCACGGCGCACCUGCUCCGCAAUUUCGAGGACUAUGCCAACACGCUGGCACAAAACGUCAGGAAAACCUAUCUGAAACCCUUCACCAUCGUCACAGAUAACAUGAUUUUAACCGUGGACUACCUGGAUGUGUUGGACCCAGAGAGGGCGACGCUUCCUCGGUUCCAGGACAUCCAAGAGGACUAUCCCAAAGAGCUUGGUUCCUCCGUCCACUUCCCCCAGUUCAACUUCCGCACUCAGGGCCACAGAGAGCCCACUCCCGCUCCUGCAGCUCAGACGGAUCCACCCCUUGAGGAGGAGCACACAGUGUCUGAUAGGAGACGCCGCCACCUCGAGCCAGCUGUCCCUCUGCCAGUCGCCGUGGUGAUAGUGUACAAAUCACUGGGGAAGCUACUCCCAGAGAGAUACGACCCUGACCGCAGAAGUCUGAGGCUCCCCAACCGUCCGGUGAUCAACACAGCCAUAGUGAGCGCCACGGUGCACAGCGAGGGUCCGCCUCUCCCUCACAUCCUCGACCCUCCAAUCACUGUGGAGUACACCCUGCUGGAAACGGAGGAGAGGACCAAGCCUGUCUGCGUCUUCUGGAACCACUCCAUUGCGAUCGGAGGGACAGGCGGCUGGUCCUCAAAAGGCUGCGAGGUGCUCAACAGGAACAACAGCCACAUAAGCUGUCAGUGUAACCACAUGACCAGUUAUGCCGUGCUCAUGGAUAUCUCCAAGAGAGAGCACGGUGACGUCCUGCCCCUGAAGAUCGUCACCUACACCACCGUGUCUGUCUCCUUGUUCCUCCUCCUCCUCACCUUCAUCCUGUUAUGCCUCUUGCGCCGGCUCCGCUCCAACCUCCACGCGAUCCACAGGAACCUGGUAGCGGCGUUGUUCUUCUCUGAACUCGUCUUCCUGCUCGGCAUCAAUCAGACUGAUAACCCGUUUGUAUGCACGGUGAUAGCCAUCCUCCUCCACUACUUCUACAUGUGCACCUUUGCCUGGAUGUUCGUGGAGGGGCUGCACAUCUACCGCAUGCUGACUGAGCUGCGCAACAUCAACCACGGCCACAUGAGGUUCUACUACGCCAUGGGCUGGGGCAUACCGGCUAUUAUCACUGGCUUAGCGGUGGGCCUUGAUCCUCAGGGUUAUGGGAACCCUGAUUUCUGUUGGCUGUCCGUCCACGACACACUCAUCUGGAGCUUCGCAGGACCCAUCUUUGUAGUUGUUCUGGUGAACAUAGUGAUCUUUAUAUUGGCUGCGAAGGCUUCCUGUGGUCGCAGGCAGAAGGCUGUUGAGAAGUCCGGAGCUAUUCCCGCACUACGCAUGGCCUUCCUCCUCUUGCUACUCAUCAGCGCCACCUGGUUACUCGGUCUGAUGGCGGUCAACAGCAACGUAAUGACCUUCCACUACCUGUUUGCUGUCUUCAGCUGUUUGCAGGGAGUCUUCAUCUUCUUCUUCCAUGUGGUCUUCAACAAAGAGGUGCGUAAAAACCUCAAGAACGUCUUCACAGGAAAGAAGAGCGUACCAGAUGAGUCCAGCACCACAAGGGCCUCUUUGCUUACACGCUCCCUCAACUGUAACAACACGUACACAGAAGACGGCCCUCUAUACCGCUCAGGCAUCGGCGAGUCCACCGUCUCCCUGGACAGCACGCUCAGGUCAGCCAAGAGCCGCAGCAGCUACCUGGCUUACACACUCAGGGAGGAGUCGGGUCAGAAGCCCAGUGUCUCUUCAGGAACAGCUAAAGGACACACUGAUCUUGACGGGCCUCUGUUUCAUAGAAACGGCACCAAGGGAGACGACUCUGAUUCAGACAGUGAGCUGUCAGUGGAUGAACACAGCUCCUCCUACGCCUCUUCCCACUCCUCUGACAGCGAGGACGAUGACAUUGAUGUCAAGCCAAAGUGGAAUAACGAGAGGCAGCCCAUUCACAGCACACCUAAAGUGGAUUCAGUGUCCAAUCAUGUGAAGCCUUACUGGCCAACGGAGGCCACCACAGCCAGUGACAGCGAGGAUCCCGGCGGGGCGGAGAGGCUGAGGGUGGAGACCAAGGUGAACGUAGAGCUGCACCCAGAGAAUAAGCUCAACCAUAUUGGUGAAAGAGACAGGGAUUCACCUCUGGAGAGAGACAAACAAACACCCAGUAAUGCUAAAGACGCAACACCCUCUGGUCAACCCAACAGCAACACCAACAGCAACCACCAGCCAGAGCAGAGAAAAGGUAUCCUAAAGAACAAGAUCAGCUACCCGCCCCCGCUAACCGACAAGAACAUGAAGAACCGUCUGAGGGAGAAGCUGAGCGACUACAACCCCCCCACCAUCACCUCCCCUCCCCCCAACAACAACAACACCGCCACCUCCCCGCCUCCCUCCUCCGUCAACAUCAUGACCCCUUCGUCCCGGCCGCCUUCGCUGGCCUCCAACGAUGGAGGUCGUCCCGGGAACCAUGACAGCAGCUCCCUCAUCAAGCCGCCCAUUGCCCCGCGGCCGCAGAUUCCUGCCGGACCACCGCCAGCAGGCAUCUACCGGGAGACCAAUGGAGGAGUGGCGAUGCACUUGAAGUCAGGCACGGUCAACGGAGGCAACGAGUCUGACUCAGAUGGCAGUAACGAGACUUCGAUCUGACCUGUUAGGAAAACUCAAACCAGCCUGCCCUUGUGAGAGGAGGAGCGAAGAACCCGCUGGGGGAGGAGAGGAGAAAAUGAGAGCCAAGAGGAGGGGAAUAAGAUGAAAGAAAAGUGAAGAUGGAGGGGGUGCUUAAGAUUAGGUGAUGGGGAGAAAAGAGUGUUCUCCGCGCCUGAUCUGUCCAUCCAUCCCUCCUGUGUUGUUCCCUCUCUCUGGAGAGCAGUAUUAAUCGCAGACUUUUAAGAUGAGAAAAAGAAAAUGAGCAAAGAAAAAUGAAAAGAUGUGAGAAAUGAUAAAGGGAAUGCUGUGUUGGACUGUAGCAAGAGAAGAUGAAAUGGAGCCAUGUGUGCCAAAACCACUAAAGGAAACGGAGUACGGAGGGUCAGAGGAUGAACAAUUCUCCCAGAAUGCAUUGUGAGCCCCCAAAAUGAUGUUCCUCUAUGGUGGGGUCUGUGAGGGUCAUUAUGUUACUUCCCCUAUCGAGGGGUAACAAAAGCUUGACUAAUAAUUUCAGACAGUUUCUUUCUCGCGGAGGAAGGCAGACAUAUAAUCACUGUGCAUGAACCCAUACAUGCUGGUACAGUCUCAUUUGUAGUCCAAAAGGAUUUCAAGGACUACAAGUCCCUCAAAGCAUUGACAAGUCUGUGGAAGGCAAAAAUCCACAAACCUGUUCUCACUGACUUUGGGACACAUCGUCGAUACUGGACGGCGCUAUCACACACCAAGUGCUCUUUUCUAUUUUUCUUUUUUCUUUAACUCAGAGAAAGGCUCUCACAGCCUCUCAAUGCAGUGCAUUUAGAGUGUAAUUAAUGUGUAGAUAUUGUUAAAGGUGAAGAAGAAAUGAUCUAUUUUGUAUUUCAGCUGUAGCGAGGACAAGUUUCUAAACUAAAAAAUCAUUUGCCCGUGUUAAGUUGGGAGCGCUUUCCAAUUGUGAAAAUCCCUUGACAUGCUGGUUUAAUCGACUGAGAACAAUUCUGUGAGCUAACGUGUGCCUUCAUCCUGGAUCGAGGCCUUACAAACACACACAAACGCGCGCACACAAAUACCAACACUGCUGCAUUGUCCCGAGCGCAUGCACACAGUGGGCCGAAAUGAACAUUAAUUAUGUGAAAUGGAGAGGAAUUCCCCCUCUGUUGAACUCAACUCAGUCUGUUAGAGCACUAUGAACCUGAAGCCUUCUUUUCCAGUGUCCAACCUGCCUGUUUGUCCAGUGCAACACGUGGUUACCAAAGUCAUGAAAUAAAUGUGCAGAUUAGGGUUGGAGUCAAUUCACUUUUAACUUAGUUUUAGUCCAAAAUAGUUUGAGAAAAAACCUCUUUGGUAGCAUAAUGCAUGCUUUUCAAAUAUUCACUGAUGGGUUUCAUAUUUUAUCAUUUUUUUAAUCCAAACUUUGUAUAGAUUAACCCUUUAGUAUGAGUAAAAAGUCUCCAUUGCUGAAUUUCUGAAUCAUCUGAGUUCAAAGUGAAAAUGAUGCCAACUCUAAUGCAUUUUGCAGCUACUAUAAGGCAACUUAAAGUCACGUUUACCAGUCACUGAAUGCCGUUGUACCAUACAUACUCUACAUCCCCAGUGUUUUUGCCUUCAUGUAAUCAAUGCUGUUGAUAAAUGUCCUUGUUUUUUUAUGAUCUGAGACACUGGAAAUGUUUUGUAACAUAAUGUAUAUUUAUUUUUUAUGGUUUUCAGACACUGGAAAGAAAAGAUGAUUGUGACUGUAAAAUUAAAGAUGACAUGAUGAAUUUUUAA